GCGGUGCUUAGGGCUCGAUGCGUCGCAAGUGGCCAAUGGCAGGUUGAGAGAGCGAGUGAGUGAGUGAAUGAGUGUGUGUGAGAGAGAGAGAGAGCGAACACACUAGAAAAAGAGAGAGAGAGAGAGCGAACAGCGGUCUACGUCUGCCUGAUUCCGCCUGCCAGGUGCCCGAGGCUGCUGCGUUCGUCGGACUGAGCGGCUCGUCUGUGUCCAUGUUGGUGGUCCGUGCAGGACGCCCCUGAUUAGACUGACUGUGCAGUUCACACUGAGCCGCCUGCCUUUGCCAAGCAUGUCUCUCUCGAGCUUCCCUGGACGUGACCUUGCCUCGGCUGGGCUGGAGAUGAACGCUCCUGCUCUGGACGCGGAAGUUCUCAAGCACCUUCGGUCAGGGCUGACGGAUCUGCAAGGUGUGCCAAUGACCCUGCCUGUGACACACAGGUGGGAUGAUAUCGAGAACUUCAGUGCCCACCCUGAUGACCUGCUCAUAGCCACGUACCCCAAGUCAGGAACCACAUGGAUGGUGGAGAUUGUGGACAGCAUUCGAAACGAGGGCAUCUCCCAGGAGAUGCGAAGCAUACCCAGCAUGAUAAGGGCGCCUUUCCUGGAGAUGAAUCCUCCGGCUCCCUUUCCAUCUGGUCUUGACAUCCUGAAGACGAUGCCAGCUCCCAGGAUGGUGAAGACUCAUCUGCCGUUUCAGCUGGUACCGCAGUCCUUCUGGGACAACAACUGCAAGGCUAUUUACAUUGCACGCAAUGCCAAGGAUGUCCUCAUCUCCUACUACUACUUCCACAAGAUGAACACUGGCAUGCCCGAGCCUGGCACCUGGCAUGAGUUUUUUGACAACUUCCUGUCUGGAAAGGUGUCAUGGGGCUCCUGGUUCGAUCAUGUGACUGGCUGGUGGGACGUCCGUGAGAGCCACUGCAUCCACUAUGUCUUCUACGAGGACCUGAAGCAGGACCCCAUAAAGGAAAUCAAGAAGGUGGCGCUCUUCCUGGGCAAGACGCUCAACAAAGAGUUGCUGGACACCAUCCUUGAACACACCUCCUUCAAUAAGAUGAAGGACAACCCCAUGACCAACUUCAGCACGGUGCCACCGUUUGUCUUCAAGCACGACAUCUCACCCUUUAUGAGGAAAGGAACUGUGGGGGACUGGAAGCUGCACCUGACCGUGGCGGAGAACGAGAGAUUUGACGAGGAGUACCAACGGCGCAUGGCUGCCACCUCCCUGACCUUCAGGACUGAGCUCUGAGUGGCCGUCCUCCAUUCACCUUUGACAGAUGCGAGCUCCCCAUGUGGCCACUAGGGGGCAGUUUUCCCACGGUGUAUAUUAGGUAUUAUGAUUAUGUGUAUUUUGUAUCUUUGCAUUUUUUUAAUAUUUGUUACUAAUUAUUAAGUAAAGAAAAGCACUGACCCAAACUGACUUCCAGCCUGCUCUUGAAAGUGGUGGCCAGCUUCUGCUCAGAUGACACCCCUGCAUUUUGAGCCCCCGUGGAGAUGGCCGUCUUCCUUUGCUUUGGGUAAGCAGAUUGUGGUCAUCGUCCGAUGUCUGCAGUGACAGGUCCA